AUGGGCUCUAAAGAUAAAAAUCCCCGAAAGAAAAAGAAUUUGGGAGAAAAGGUUCAAGAAGAACCUUGUAAAGAAAUAUGUCCUGAAGACAUAAACAAACUGGUUUUUGAAGAACCAGAGAAAGAGAUUCGUCCAGAAGACGAACAUGAUACAGAAAAAUUUGAGAUUUCCAUCAACUUCGCCCAAAAUGGAAAAGUAUGGACAAGAAAUGAAAUAGAAGAUGAUGAUGGAAUAUUCUCUUUUUCUGUAUACAAAGAGAUCGAUCAUGAAAGUGAUGAUCCAGAUCCAGAAACAAUAUCAGAGUGUCUGAAAAGACCUGAUUGGGAGAAAUGGAAAAUGGCCAUCCAAGCUGAAUUACUCUCCCUCAAUAAAAGAAGUGUUUUUGGACCUAUUGUCACAACUCCUGAGAAUACAAAACCCGUCGGGCACAAAUGGGUUUUUGUAAGAAAAAGAAAUGAGAAAAAUGAGGUCACAAGAUAUAAAGCCCGACUUGUGGCUCAAGGUUUUUCUCAAAGACCGGGAAUUGAUUAUGAAGAAACAUAUUCCCCGGUAAUGGAUGCCAUAACAUUCAGAUUUUUGAUGAGCUUAGCAGCGUCUCAAAAUCUUGAAAUGUAUCUCAUGGAUGUUGUGACAGCAUAUCUAUAUGGAUCUCUUGAAAAUGAGAUAUAUAUGAAAAUCCCAGAAGGAUUAAAAAUGCCUGAGGAUUUGAAAUCAAAGGCUAAGGAGAUCUGUUCGGUCAGAUUACAGCGAUCACUUUAUGGACUAAAACAGUCCGGACGCAUGUGGUAUAAUCGCUUAAGUGAAUAUUUGUUGAGUAAAGAUUACGUCAACAAUGCGAUAUGCCCUUGCGUAUUCAUUAAGAAAUCCUCCUUAGGAUUUGUGAUUAUUGCUGUAUAUGUAGAUGACCUGAACAUGAUUGGAACUCAAAAGGAAAUUGAUGAUGCAAGAACUCAUAUGAAAGAAGAGUUUGAAAUGAAAGAUCUUGGAAAGACAAAGUUUUGUCUUGGGCUCCAGAUAGAGCAUUUCCAAGAUGGUAUAUUUGUGCAUCAGUCAAAUUACACUAAAAGAGUGUUAAAACGCUUUUAUAUGGACAAAGCAACUCCUUUGAGUACUCCAAUGGUUAAUAGAUCUCUUGAUGUUGAAAAGGAUCCAUUCCGUCCUUGUGAGGAUAACGAGGAAGUGUUAGGUCCUGAAGUACCUUACAUGAGCGCUAUUGGUGGACUAAUGUAUCUUGCAAAUUGCACUAGACCAGAUAUAGCAUUCGCUACUAAUCUGCUUGCAAGAUAUAGAUAUCUAUCAGAUCCACACAAAGCUAGAUCACAAACAGGUUAUGUUUUCACAAUUGGUGGAACCGCGGUCUCCUGGCGUUCGCAAAAGCAAACUUUGGUUGCAACGUCUUCAAAUUAUGCAGAAACUAUUGCUCUCCAUGAAGCAUGUAGAGAGUGUGUGUGGCUCCGGUCUAUGACUCAACAUACAAGAAUCAAGUGGAAUAGUCACAGAGAAAGAGCCAACAAAAAUAUUUGA